UCUAGCUGGGCCCAAACUACAAGUAGGCUAGCCCAACUAAGUCUUUGGUCGUUCCGGGCCGGACCAGAGAAUCAGGCUUCGGCCUUUUCAGCGAAUUAACUGUUUCCCCGGUUCUUUUUCUUUCGCGCGAUAAGAGUGGAAUUGCAAAUUACAGCCGCCGGCGGCCAGUAGAAGCGGGAAACAGCCGGAGACAGGGUCCUGGGAAAUCUCAGGAUGCAAAAUCUGAAUCAACACGUAUUGGGGAUUCUCUCCAAAUGCGAUCACCUUAACCACCUAAAGCAACUACAAUCCUUCCUCACGAUUCUCGGCCACUCUCAAACCCACUUCUACUCCUUCAAACUCGUCCGUUUCUGCGUCCUGAAGCUCUCCGACCUCGCCUACGCGCGCUCCAUCUUCGACAACCUAUGGUCGCCCAACAUCUUCCUAUACACCGCCAUGGUCACCGCCUACUCCUCGGCUUCCGACCACAGCUCGUCCUUCACGCUCUUCCGCGACAUGGUUCGUCGCCAGCGCCCGCCUAAACCCAACCAGUUCAUCUUCCCGCACGUCUUGAAAUCGUGCCAAACAACGAAAAUGGUGCAUACCCAGAUAGAGAAGUCCGGGUUUGGGAACUACCCAGUUGUCCAGACGGCGCUUGUGGACUCGUAUUCGAGGUCUGGGGGGUCGGAUAUUGGGAUUGCACGGAAGGUGUUCGACGAAAUCUCCGAGAAGAAUGUUGUAUCCUGGACUGCUAUGAUCUCUGGGCUGGUGAGGCUUGGCGAGAUGGGUGGUGCGUUUUCGCUGUUCGAGGAGAUGCCUGAGAGAGAUGUUCCGUCUUGGAAUGCUGUCAUUGCUGGUUGCACGCAGAACGGGCUGUUUCCCGAGGCGAUUUCGUACUUUCGAAGGAUGAUUGACCAUCGACUCAGGCCAAAUCAGGUUACUGUAGUAUGUGCGCUCUCUGCUUGUGGACACACAGGAAUGCUCCAGCCGGGUAAGUCGAUGCAUGGCUUUGUUUACAGGCAGGGUUUUUUUGCUGAUAAAUUUGCGGCGAAUGCUCUGAUUGAUAUGUACGGGAAGUGUGGGAGCUUAGAUGAUGCGAGAAUGGUGUUUGAUAUGACGUCAAAGAGAAGCUUGUCGGCAUGGAACUCGAUGAUCAAUUCUUUUGCCCUCCAUGGGAGGACGGAUGGAGCGAUCAGUAUCUUCGAUGAGAUGUUGCAAUACUGGGAGCAUGUAACGCCUGAUGAGGUGACUUUCGUCGGCCUAUUGAAUGCUUGUACUCAUGCAGGGCUUAUAGAGAAGGGCCGGUUCUAUUUCAAUAUGAUGACCGAUCAUUACAUGCUCGAGCCUCAGAUUGAGCACUAUGGGUGUCUGAUCGAUAUCCUUGGUCGUGCUGGGAGGCUCGAAGAAGCAAUGGAAGUGGUACAGGGAAUGAAGAUCGAGCCCGAUGAGGUUGUUUGGGGGUCUUUGCUUAAUGGCUGCAGAGUCCACGGCCAUACUGAUUUGGCUGAAUUGGCCAUUAAAAAGCUAAUGGAGAUUGAUCCCAGAAAUGGAAGCUAUAGGAUCAUGCUGGCAAAUCUAUAUGGCGAGUUAGGGAGGUGGGAAGAUGCCCGUAGGGUGAGGAAGAUGCUGAAGCAGAGCAAGGCGUAUAAGACACCAGGUUGCAGCUGGAUCGAGGUUGAGAAUGAGUUGUAUCAGUUCUACUCAAUCGAUAAGACACAUCCUAGAACAGAGGAGAUUUACAGGACACUGGAAACUCUAGUUGUCUCUCACCAGUUGGAUUCGGUGAAUUGGAGGUUAGUGCUGAAUUUCUAAAUCGAAUUUCGGAAUGAGGUCAAACAAAACCUUGCAAAGCAACUUCGGUGGUUGAUGACUGAGGUUCACAGUGUUUUAUCUAUCGAAGCUUGGAGAUGCAAGAAGGUACUCUAGCCUAUAGCCAAGCUUCUUGAUCUUGCAUUAAGUUGUUCAUGUAAGGAACUUUUCGUAAUCUACUGCAUCUUGAUUAGGCAUUGGAGUCACUCUCCCACCCUAGCUCUCUAGGAAGACCGAUCUUCAGCCAACACUGCAACACUAGGUAAGGUACUACUCGUUUGCAUUGAUAAAUGAAGCACCAUUAGCACGAAUGCAGAAGUUUUCGAGGCCGCGAAAGUUCAGUUUGGUAGUCGCCUCGUAACAAUUGUUAUGUGUUCUUUUGUGUAUAGGUUUUUUAAGGAGCAUGGGGCGUAAAUGAGGCAAUCACAUUUCGACUCGGCACAAGAAAGGAACAGUUUGAUCGCUGGGAUAUGGCAGCAGACCAUGUCAAGACACUGGAACAGCUUAAUCUAUUGCUAUGGAUAUUGGAUAAUGCUGCCAGUAGAAUUGCAUUAGACAAAGCUAAUUCUAGUAUCGAAAUGUAAAAGCUAGUUCCUCGAGGCAGGAUAGAGAAAUCUAGUGCUGCAUAUUUGAAGAUAGAGUGAGCUUAUGAUUUUGAAUGAAACAAAUUGAUCGAAUCUGU